AUGAUCACAACGCGGGGCCCCAACGCGAUCACGCGGCAGGAGGAGCUGCCGCCAAUGCCGUCCCUGCGCAACGUCAGCUACGCGUUGCCGUCCGAGGGCCGCGCCCGCAGCAACGUCACCUCCUACGCAGCCACCUUGGAGGAGGGCGGCGGCAGCGGGAAUGAUUUCAUACCGCAGCUGUCGCGUCUACAAACGAUGAAGAAGGAUGUGUCGCGGGCGCUGACGCGCCGGCAGCGGCACCGCUCGAUGCAGUCUGGCAACGAGUACGACAGCGUGGCCGCGUCGGACUGGGAGGAAGACGACGGCGACGACGGCUCCGACGUCGUCUCGCGGCACUCGCGCUCGCGCUCGCUCGCGCGGAGCCGCUACUCCUCGGGCCGCCGGCGCGCGUCCGAGUCCCGGCGCGCGGAGGGCGACGCGGCGCCGCGGCGCGACGACGACGAGGGCGAGAGCGCGCUGUGGUGGGAGGAGAACCGCCGCCCGCCGAACCCGCACGCCGAGCAGGUGCGCGAGGAGAUCGCCGUGAUGCUCGCGGGCGACGCAGAGUACCAGAAGAGGCUCGCGCCGAACCGGAGGGCGGACGAGCACGCCACGGAGCGGCUCGCGCGGCCGCACCGGCGGCAGGCGGCGAACCGCGACGCGGCGGUGUACGCGGAGCGCGGCGCGGAGGGGUGGGUGCGGUGGAAGACGAAACGGGCUCCGGGGGCGCCGCUGGGGCCGAUGGCGACGAAGGAGGUGCGCGACGCGAUGGUGCGGGCGCGGCCGAAGGUGCGCGUCGGGCUGCGGCCGGCGACGCUCGACGGGCUCGCGCACGCGCACGGCGGCACGUACGCGCAGUGCGGGCGGUCGGGGGCGCCGCUCGAGCCGGUGCGGGCGUCGUCGGGGACGCAGAAGAAGCAGCAGAGGGCCCCGGACGCCGCGGCCGAGCUCCUGCCGACGAUGUCGCCGCGGAGGAAGCCGCUGGCGCUGCCCACGACGCGGGCACACACGGAAGAGUUCGAGACCUGGCGGGCGCUGCGGGACCUGGAGCUGCAAGAGAAGCAGGCGGCGAAGCAGGAGUCCGAGCGGCAGCGGCGCGUGCUCGCGAAGGCGUACACGGCGCACGUGACGAGCAGGGCGUCGGACAAGCUCGCGGAGUACGCCGAGCGGCGGCGGGCGCAGUUGGAGCGCGGCAAGCAGCUGCGCCAGCAGCGGACGAGCCAUUUCAACCUCACGAACGGCGGCGUGGUGACGCGCGCGCAGGGACCCGGCGAGCGCGCUCCGGGGGCCACGGGCCGCGGCGCGACGACCAAGCUGAUGACCACGCGGCUGGGAUGA